AUGUUCUAUUCGAACGACAGUCAAGACAGCGAUGAAUCUGAAGGACAGUUCGACGUGGCGCUAUCAGAUGCGGUUGUCUGGCAUCCAGAAGAUAGCGUACGGGCAGGUGUUGCGGGUUUUAAACGUGACGGUGGUCGACCGUACAGUAGCUGUGUUGCGUUGAGUUGUGAGAGUACAAUCUCAACACACGCAUACAACUGCUCAUAA